AUACUAAGUAAUGGAAAUUAGUGGCGCCAUCCGGGUUCGAUAGCGUGCAGCUCCCCUGAAUCAGCCGCCGCUGAUUGGUCUCCGCGUCCUCCACCUCAAAAUUCGAUUUUAUCUUUUAUCCUCAAACCUCACAUCGCUGUGAACAUUCGGUCGUGUCGCAUUUCCUAGUCUUUGUUUCGGUCCUUGUUUCGUCUCUGUAUUAACAUCCCAUCCCAUUCGCGCUCGUUUACCGCUCUCUACAAUGGCUUCGUCCAAAAAUAACACCGCCACCCGUGGCACCUCCACCCUUACCAUCCUGGCACUGGUACUCGCCGCCUUUACUGCCUUGUUCUUCUAUCUAGACCAGCACCUCGACUGGUUCUACGUCUUCGACACCGAUCACCUCCACGACCUGUCCAAGCGCGCCAUUGCUACCCAUGGCAACGACACCCGCGCCGUCGUCGGCUACAUUGUUGGCGAGCUGGACCAGAAGCUGGGCGGGAAGCACCUGAACCUGGACGAGGAGUGGGUGUUCAACAAUGCCGGCGGUGCAAUGGGAGCCAUGUACAUCAUUCACGCUAGUAUCACCGAGUACCUAAUCAUUUUCGGCACCGCCAUCGGCACCGAGGGACAUUCUGGCCGCCAUACCGCAGACGACUAUUUCCACAUUCUUCAAGGCACGCAACUAGCCUACGUCCCCGGCGAGUACGAGCCUGAGGUGUACCCACAAGGCAGCGUGCACCAUUUGCGGCGGGGCGACGUGAAGCAGUACAAAAUGGCCGAGUCCUGCUUUGCGCUCGAGUAUGCGCGCGGAUGGAUCCCGCCGAUGCUGGGCUUUGGUUAUGCCGAUACCUUUACCAGCACGCUGGAUUUCCCUACUCUGUGGGCGACGACCAGGAUCACGGGGAGGGAGAUGAUUUCCAAUUUGCUGCAGGGGAAACUGUAAUCAACUCCGGAGCAUACGCACAUUAUACUAUGCACUAUGUACCAUGUACACCGUGCAGGUCAGGAAUGUGACGUGAAUAUGCAUGCAAGUCUA